ACACGCUGACCUUCGACUCCAACAGGAAAAGAAUGUCCGUGCUGGUGCGCCAUCCCAUCACCAAAGAGUGUGUGCUGUACACCAAGGGUGCAGACUACUCAAUCAUGGAGCUGCUCGGAGCACCAUAUGCCGAGCAUCUCAAUGGAAAUCAGAAGACUGUCGUAGCAGAUACUCAGUAUCACCUCGACUGCUAUGCUAAAGAAGGGCUGCGCACGCUUUGCUUUACAAAGAAGGUUGUUAGCGCCCAAGACUACAACGUAUGGUCCGUGAGCAGACAGAGCGCUAUGGCCGCCAUCGACGGCAGAGAGCAGCUCAUUAUGGACACCGCUGUGCAGCUGGAGACAAAUCUCACCCUGCUGGGGGCGACAGGCAUUGAGGACCGUCUGCAGGAGAGCGUUCCAGACACCAUCCUGGCGCUGCGGGAAGCAGGGAUAAAGGUGUGGGUGCUGACCGGUGACAAGUUGGAAACGGCCGUCAACAUUGGCUAUGCCUGCCGACUGUUGGAAGACGAAGACCUGGUGAUUAACAUGAGCUGCAAAAAUAAGCUUGUAUGCACUUCCAUCCUGGAUUCCACUCUGGAAGAGGUGCGGAGGUAUGAAAACGACCCUCGUAAUGUGGACACCACGCCAGACAUCUCUCUGGUGAUCGAUGGACACACCUUGGCCAUGCUUCUGUCCAAGGAUCUGCACGAUCGCUUUGUAGAGCUGGCAAAGCGCUGCCGCGCCGUGCUCUGCUGUCGGGUCACGCCCUUGCAGAAGAGCGGCGUGGUGAAGCUCAUCAGGGAGAAGCUCAAAGUCAUGACUCUAGCUGUCGGUGACGGUGCCAAUGAUGUUAACAUGAUACAAGCAGCCGAUAUUGGGAUCGGGAUUUCCGGUCAGGAGGGGAUGCAGGCAGUCAUGGCGAGUGACUUUGCUAUCUCUCGCUUCAAACAUCUUAAAAAGCUCCUGCUGGUUCACGGACACUGGUGCUACACUCGCUUGGCCAAUAUGAUCAUUUACUUCUUCUAUAAGAAUUUGGCCAAUGUCAACCUGCUCUUCUGGUAUCAGUUCUUUUGUGGCUUCACAGCGACGGCCAUGCUGGACUAUUGGCUGCUGAUUUUCUUCAACCUCUUCUUCACCUCCGCACCCCCCAUCAUGUUUGGGAUCAUGGACAGAGACGUUUCGGCAGAAGUGCUGCUCGGGGUUCCUGAACUCUAUAGAACUGGACAAGGUGCAGGGGAAUAUCGUUUUUGCACCUUCUGGAUUUCCAUGCUUGAUGCCUUCUACCAGAGUCUCGUAUGCUUCUUCAUUCCAUACUUGGUUUAUAAAGAUUUGGACGUUGACGUUUUCACAUUUGGAAUGCCUUUGAAUGCAGUUUCUUUAAUUACCAUCCUGCUGCAUCUGUCAAUAGAGAUCAAAUCCUGGACUGUGGUUCAUUGGCUCAUCAUGCUGGGCAGUCUUGCCCUGUCCUUCAUCCUGACGCUGUCAUACACCUCUUGUAUUACCUGCAAUUCAUACUGGACGCUCCAGAAGCAACUGGCAGACCCCAUUUUCUACCUUAUCUGCAUCAUCACAACAGUGGUGGCCCUACUGCCCAGGUACACGUUUCACGUGAUGAGGAACUCGAUCGCCCCCUCCCCGAUUGUGCAAGCCAGGCAUCUGGACCGCCUGGAUGCGUCCACAAAGGAAGUGUGGAUCAAAGAGUGGAGGGGCUACAGGGGCGCAGGGGCGGUUAAACGCUCCAAGCUCUCCGCUCCACCCUCUCCCAACAAUCCUCGGACCCCAACUUCCCCUGAUUCCUUAGAGAACGACAUCACACUAACGUCAUUUAAAAUAUGAAGAAAAGGGCUACAAAAAAUACUGUUAUAGAAUUAAGAUGGUAAUUUAUUCAGAACUUUUUUUUGUACACCUGGAAGUAGCUCAGCAGUGGAGCACUUGAGCAUGGAGCACUUUCUGCAGGGAGAGAAAAACUCCCCUUUGACAUGUGAAUUGUAAUUCAAACUUUUUCUUUUUAUUUCUUUGGAGCUACAAUGAACAACAUAUAAGCCAGUUACAUUCCUGAUGGGAAUUCAGGGCCCAUGCAGCGAAACAUAGUAGUCAUGGAAAACUGUAUUCUGUAUGUAACUCUGUAAACGACACACGAUGUCACAUGAUGUAUGAUGGAAUGAAUUAAUUGUCUUUCAGGCUGGUCCUACACUGAGCGUAGGUGAUUUGUGUGCGUGCGUGUGUGUGUGUGUGUGUUAGUGUUAAUUCCUUAUCACACAGAAAGGCUUAUGGAAAUUCAAAGCUUUAGCUGAAACUACUUGUAAAAAGGCCUUGAUUUAUCAUUGGCAUACUUCACUGUCGUUGUGCCAGUGACGGAAUAUUUUUUUAAAAGACCACACUUCUUUCUUCAGCUUAAUUUUAAUUUUAAAAGCAUUGUACAACUCAAAGUACAUUUUAUUGGAUGGAUAUAAUAAUAAAAACAAAACAGCUCACGAGA